AUGAUGGCGGGCAGCGAAAUAUUUUCGCUCGAAAUGUCGAAGACCGAAGCGCUCACCCAGGCGUUUCGCAAGGCAAUAGGUGUGAGGAUCAAGGAGGAGACAGAAAUCAUCGAAGGCGAGGUAGUCGAAAUCCAAAUCGACCGACCAGCCACGGCUGGCGCCGCUGCCAAAACGGGAAAGCUGACCCUCAAGACGACCGACAUGGAAACAAUCUACGAGCUCGGAGUGAAGAUGAUCGACUCUCUCGUGCGCGAAAAGGUCCAAAGCGGCGACGUGAUAGCAAUCGACAAGGCUACCGGGCGGGUGACCAAGCUCGGGAGGAGCUUCACGCGGUCUAGAGAGUACGAUGCAGCCGGGCCGGCGACACGGUUUGUUCAGUGCCCGGAUGGCGAGUUGCAGCGGCGCAAGGAGGUGGUGCAUGUGGUGUCGCUGCACGAGGUGGAUGUCAUCAAUAGCCGCACGCAGGGGUUCCUGGCGCUGUUCACAGGGGAUACGGGGGAGAUCCGGGCGGAGGUGCGGGAGCAGAUCGACAGCAAGGUGCAGGAGUGGCGGGAGGAGGGCAAGGCUGAGAUUGUACCGGGGGUGCUGUUUAUUGACGAGGUGCACAUGCUGGACAUCGAGUGCUUCUCCUUCCUCAACAGAGCCCUGGAAAACGAGAUGGCGCCCAUACUGGUGGUGGCGACCAAUCGGGGCAUCACCACGAUCCGUGGAACCAACUACAAGGCGCCACAUGGCAUUCCGCUGGAUUUUCUCGACCGCCUGCUUAUCAUCAGCACAGAGGUGCCACAUGGCAUUUCGCUGGACUUGCUCGACCGCCUGCUGGACUUGCUCUACCGCCUGCUCAUCAUCAGUGCCGAGCCGUACAAGGAGAAGACAAAGGAGGACAGUAGACACGUCCCCUGA